AUGUCUCGUAAAGAUUUAAUGUUGAUUGAAAAAAUUUCUAAUCUGGAUAAAAUUAAAGCUCAAUCUCAUUCUUCCAGUCUUCGUGAGUUAGAGAAAAUAAUAGGCACCUUUAAAUCGGUACUAAGCCGAUUGAAAAAUAAUGAAAAAGCUAUUCGUGAACAAUGGGAAAAAUUAAACGACAACAAAUGUGCACCUGUGAACAGAAAAAGAAAGCGAGAAGGCAAAGAUCCCGAAGUAGACAAAGCUAUGAACGAAUGGUUUUCUGCUAUUACAGAACGUGGUGUUUGUAUUUCGAGCCCCAUGUUACAGCAGAAAGCUGAGUUUUUUGCUGAAAAAAUUGGACAUGGUAAUUUUAAGGCCACAGAAGGUUGGAUAAGUCGUUUGAAGGACCGGAAUAAUAUUAAAUUCUAGCAAUUUCCCGGAGAAAAUCAAGUGCUGAUACAAACGGAGCUGAUGAAUGGUCUUUAGUUAAAUUACCGGAAAUUUUUAAAAAAUUUUCUCCUCAGGGCAUUUAUAAACGUGAAACACUCGAAGGAUCAAAAAAAGCUAUGAAUCGUAUAACAGUUUUAUGUUAUUGUAAUAUGGCCGGCACAGAUAAAAAAAAGCUGUUGAUAAUCGGAAAGUCCCCAAAGCCAAGAUGUUUCAAAAAUGUAAAAUGGACAAACUUACCUGUUUCUUAUUUAGUGAAUAAAAAUGCAUGGAUGACAGCAGAAAUAUUUACAUCGUGGUUAAAAGACUGGGACAAAGAGCUUGGAAAACAAUCAAGGAAAAUUGUAUUAAUUGUUGAUAAUGCUGGACCACAUCCCCACUUAAUAAAUUUAAAAAAUGUCAUACUUGAGUUCUUGCCUCCAAAUACUACUUUUCUCAUUUAA